AUGGCUGUGACCGCUUUGUUUUCACGAUGCGCUCGCUCGGGUGCAAGCCCUAUCCGCGCACUUUCUCAGCGUAAUUUUUCCUCGGUCAAGGAAGUAGUUCCACUCGCAUAUCAUCUUUAUGAACCUACCGACUCGACAGCUCCAAAGAAUGAUGCGCCGAUUGUGGUGAUGCACGGUCUCUUCGGGUCGAAGCAGAAUAACCGCACGAUCAGUAAAGCGCUUGCACGGGAUUUGAACAGGCCUGUUUAUGCAGUUGACCUCCGAAACCAUGGCGAUAGCCCCCACCACAAACGCCACGACUACAUAGCCAUGGCCGAAGAUGUCGAGCACUUUCUUGUCGACAAGAAACUCGGCCCAGAAACCACUCUUCUCGGUCAUUCCAUGGGCGCCAAAACGGCCAUGGCAGUUUCCCUCCGCAGUCCCUCGCUCGUGCGCGACCUCGUAGUCGUUGACAACGCCCCCGUCUCCUCAACCCUACACUCCUCGUUUGGCACAUACAUCCGCGCCAUGCGUCAGAUCGAGGAGUCGAAGCUCACGAAGCAAUCCGAGGCUGACAAGAUUCUCUCCGAGUACGAGCCGAACCUUGGGAUCCGGCAGUUUUUGCUCACGAACUUGACACGCGAGGAGGGAUCUCCAUAUCUAAAGUUCAGGGUACCAAUCAAGAUUCUCGGCAGUGCGUUAGACGAGAUUGGAGAUUUCCCAUUUACGCCCGAGAAGGAUCGGUUUGAGGGACGGGCCCUGUUUGUCAGGGGUACCAAAAGUCACUAUGUCCCCGAUGAGCAUAUCCCGAUCAUUGGCAGAUUCUUUCCACUAUUUAGAUUGAAAGAUAUAGAUGCCGGACAUUGGGUUAUUUCAGAGAAGCCAAUUGAGUUCAAAGAAGCCGUUGUUGAAUUCCUGCAGAACUCGGAGUGA